GUUCAAUCCUUUACCUCGCCCCCUCGUUGUCUCGUUCAGCUCGCACCAUGGCGCCUCCUCGUGCCUCGAUGGCCCAUCGCGGGGAUGAUGACGAGGUCUGCCCUGUCUGCAAGUCAUCGCGAUACUUGAACCCCGAUAUGGAGUUCCUCAUCAACCCCGAAUGCUACCACAAGAUGUGCGAGUCUUGUGUCGACCGAAUAUUCUCGUCCGGUCCGGCGAACUGUCCCGUCGCGGGAUGUCACAAGACCCUGAGGAAGAACCGGUUUCGCAAGCAGACCUUUGAGGACAUCAACGUGGAGAGGGAGGUAGAUAUCCGGCGCAGGGUCAUGCAGAUCCUCAACCGUCGCGAAGAGGAGUUCGACUCGAAGCGCGCCUACGAUGACUUCCUGGAACAGCGAGAAGAGAUCAUCGCCAAUCUCGUCUACGGCACCGACGUCGCCAAAACGGAAGCCAACCUCCAGCAAUACGCAUCCAGCAACGUGCGCUCUAUCCGGGCCAACCAAGCGCUCGAGGAGAAAGAGGCUUCUUCGUUCCAGGAACAGCAAACCCAGGAACAAGAACUGGCCCGCAUCCGCCGACAGGCCGCCAAGAUGGAAUACGAGAACGAACGAAAGGAGCUCAUCGCAGGCCGAGAAGACGUACUCAGCCGUCUUGCGUCUGGACGCCCCGCAGAUGCGGCGGCUAUCGCGCGCGAAGGCCAGAAGGUGCUGCUCAAGAAGUCCUCCGCUCGACGGAGCGAGGAAGAGCGCAUCCGGCAGAAACAGGCUGCGCUGCGGAACUCAGAUGCGAAGAGGUCCGGGCAUCCAGCAGCCAGUGCUGCGGGUCAGGACGACGGUGGCUUCAUCAAGGGUCUCAAACGGAUCAAGACCCCCGAGCCCGAGAAACCCUACGAUCCGUUUGGCGGGCUGGUUCCCGGCAAACGAGACUACUUUACUCAGAGCGAGACUUAUCCCUCCAGCUACCUGGAGCCGAUCCGGCACAAUGCCCAGAUGCAGGCCGGAGGUUUCGAUCUGCGGGAGUAUUACUCGCGGACACUACUCGAGGCGUUUGCCGGUCUAGGCUGCUUUAUCGAUGAGGAGGUUUCCGAACGAGAUUCGGCCGCUCCUCUAGGCGCCGGAUAGCCUGUGUCCACGACCGGACAGUCGUGAGGCCCAUUAUAUAACAUACAACCAUUGUAGACUGUCUUGGAGCUCGGAAAUUUUGGCUAACCAUUUUCAACGAGCUCACCAUCAAUCAGCAUUUCAGCGGGUGCAUAGCGAGGGCGUUUAUCAUUCAUUCAUUUAUCAUCCAUAAGCUGUGUUUAUUUUCCGGUUCUCAAUCAAAAC